AUGAGUUGGCUCCAUCAGUUUGUGGAAGGUGCUGGCGAAAUUGGAAUGGAGCCGAUGUUUCCCGCGCAUAACCAUGAUGCGAUAAUUCUGACACAUUUGGCAAGCUGGACUGUGGUUUUCGAGCAGUCGGUGAAUGUAGAGGGUAGAGUUCACCAGUUAGCUUUUCACGAGCUGAGCAUCAUAUUGAAGUGUAAACUUAUCACAGGACUUGUUUCAGUACUUAGACGCUUGAAUCUCUUGGAUGACCUCUCUGUAGUUGGUGUUGUAGUGCAAUUUGUUAUGUCGCAUCAAGA